AGAGAAAAGACGCUCCUCAGCCUGAGGACACAUCACCUGCUCCAAGGCACUUGGUCUGCCCACUCCUCCAUGGAUUCAGCCAGCGUGGGGGUGCUGUGCGCCCUGCUCCUGCUCUCGCUGCCGGCCGGCCAAGCCCAGAAGCGGGCAAAGGAUCACCCGCGCCACCACCACCACCACUGCUUCAGCCAGGAGCAGCUGCAGGCCGGGGAGCUGCCCACCCACUUUGUGAGCAGGACCAUGAAGUGGGACCGAUACGCCCCCGUGCAGCUGGUGCCACACCUGGAAAAGAUGCAGCAGGAAGGAGGCCAGAGACGCAAGCGCCAAGUAGAUGGGUGCCCGGCUCUGCAGCUCCAGGCUACCGUCAACAGCGAGCCCAACGAGCGCUCCCUCUCUCCCUGGAGAUACCGCAUCGAUGAGGAUGAGAACCGCUACCCGCAGAAGCUUGCCUUCGCCGAGUGCCUGUGCACCGGCUGCAUUGACGUCAAGACAGGCCGGGAGACGUCCUCACUCAACUCUGUGCCCAUGCACCAGACCAUGAUGGUGCUUCGCCGCAAGCCGUGCCCACACAAUGCCAGCCCUGGGACCUUUGCCUUGGAGGUGGACUACAUCAAGGUGCCAGUCGGCUGCACCUGUGUCCUCCCCAGGUCCAGCGGCUGAGCACGUGACAGGUGCUGGAGCAGCAGAGCUCCCAUGGAGCCAGCUGAUUUCCAGCAUCUUAACCCCAGACCCCUACUGUGACCAUGUCACACCGACCAGUAUGUUUGUUUUAAAGCACUUACUAUUUAUUUCAGUUGUAGGCCCUAUGGAACCGUUUCCCUGUCCCUAGCGAGACCUGCCCAACCAGCUAGCUGUCCUGGGAUUUGGAUUUCAGCCUGCCACCUGGUGCUCCUGAAAUCCAAACCUUCAGCUGCCAAGAUUGAGCUGCAGGUGCUUUGCAAGCUGGACAUGCAGUGAAAAGAGCUGUGAAUCCUCAUGCUUCAGGGCACCACCUGACUGUCAGUUAGAGAGGUCAGGAAGGAAUUUCCUCCUGGCUAGAGUUUUGCACAAUUAGGUGCAUCUCUUGGGAGAAGAGAGGGAAUGUAUUCCUUCCUCUGAAGCAACUGGCAGUAGCCACAGGCCACUAGCCUGCUGGAGGGCUCAUUCUAAUGCUCUUGUGUUUAUUACAGACCUCGUGCCUAGCUGGUCCUGCCUCCUUCCCCACGGUAGCUAGAAGGUGCAUGUGAUGGGAGGAGGAGGGGUCAUAUGGAGCUAGGCAAGCACAUCUUCCUUGCAGAUUGCACACAUUGUGCCAGGCGCUGCUCUCUAGCAGAGAGCAGGCCAGGGCUCAUUUUUUUUUACAAAAAGCCCCCAAAACAUAUGAAAUUCCAGCCAGAAAAGCCUGGCAGGAAAGGCUGCACAGUGAAGCAAUGCGGGGGUUGCCUCCAUAGCCUUAACUCUGCCCUGCAGGAAGCAGUGCGUACUGACUAGCAUUGUCCUUGCUGCUUCAUUUUGCAGCCUUAAGAUGCUCUGUGGGCCGGGGACUCGCCUGUACUUUCCUGUCAAACCCAAGCACGCUGGCUGGCCAGCAAGCUAUGACAUGGGGCGAUCAGCCCUGCUCUGGAGCCCGGCCUGCCUGUGCUCUGCGCAUUCCCAGCCGCUUGGGAGACCUGCAGUCCCCUGCAGCCGCCCUUGACGCUGCAACGCAGGGAACCAUGGCCUAGUACAAGGCUGCGUCCUGCCCAGAUGGCCCCCAGCUGGGCCGAAAGGGGUCGGGGCCAGCCAGCCGUGACGCUGAUUUGUUCUGUGUAUUUAUUGGUUAUUUAUUUAUUUCUAUUUGAUGGGAGAUGCCGUCCCCAGAGGCGGAGGUGCCCGCACCCUUGUAACCACGAGGAGGUAAUGCUAUGGCAAUGAGAUGCCGGUGAUACUGUUCCCCAGGGCGGGAGGGGCUCACCGUUAGGCCUCCUCCACCGAGAAUCACUGUGCCAGAUCCACCCCCCCGGUCUGUCUCACACUAGCCACAGCCUGAAGUCUUGCACUGGAAAUCAGGCCCUCCAAGUGGGACAUCAGUGAGGUGUUCUGGCCAUGUUGGCGCUGGGCAGUGCCUAUAAUCCCGCAUGAGCAUCAACAUGCCCUUGAAAAGCAACACCUGUGGCUUGUAAGCGAAGCAAGUGGCCAGACGUGUGCUCAGUCCCCACAGCGUCCGGCCAGCCCAGCAUCCAGCUGGAGCCAAGACUGGGCCAUUUCUUUUGCACCAGCUGCUGCUGUUGCUUUUGAAAGUGGCUAGGGGGCGCUCUCCCUCCCCAGCCCUCCAAGCUACAGAGGGGAAAAAUCUAUUUAUUUAAGCUCCAUUUAUUGUGAAUUCUGGUGAGUGUGUGAUAAGACCUAAUUAUUAUUAUUAUUAUUUAUGCCAAGCCAUUUUAUUUAUUGUGUCACUGUUGAGCCGCGCUAUUUAAUAUUGCCUGGAUUGGAAUGUUGCUGAUUUGUUGAAAGCCGCUGAUGUAAUUUCUCUGGUGUGGGA